GGAAGUUUUCUCGAGAAGAAUUGUGGGAAAAGUGAAUUAAAGAAACACGUGUUUGCGAACCAUUUCACACAGCGUGACAACAAUUUUAAGAAAAUGGGACGACCUGGAUUUUCUCCGGCUGGCCGAAGCUUUGGAGGAGGAGGCAGAGGAGGAGGGGGAAGAGGAGGAUUUGGUGACAGAGGAGGCAGAGGGGGAAGAGGAGGAUUUGGUGACAGAGGAGGCCGAGGGGGGAGAGGAGGAUUUGGUGACAGAGGAGGCCGAGGGGGAAGAGGAGGUUUUGGGGGAAGAGGAGGGGGUAGAGGAUUUGGUGACCGUGGAGGACGAGGAGGUAGAGGGGCGAGAGGAGGUAGAGGUGGAAUGCGAGGUGGCAGGACUGUUGUUGUAGAGCCCCACAGACAUCAAGGUGUUUUUAUUGCCCGUGGAAAGGAGGAUGCCUUGGUAACACUAAACAUGGUCCCUGGGGAGGCCGUCUACGGAGAAAAGAGGAUAAGUACAGAGAUUGGCGAGACCAAAACUGAGUACAGGACCUGGAACCCCUUUAGGUCCAAGUUGGCUGCUGCCAUAUUGGGCGGAGUGGACCAGAUACACAUGAAGCCCGGCAGCAAGGUGCUUUACCUCGGGGCCGCGUCUGGGACAACAGUCAGCCAUGUGUCCGACAUCGUAGGACCGGAGGGCUUAGUGUAUGCUGUGGAAUUCUCACACAGAAGUGGACGGGAUCUCAUCAAUGUAGCCAAGAAAAGGACAAACAUUAUCCCUAUCAUCGAGGAUGCUAGACAUCCACACAAGUACAGAAUGCUUAUGGGAAUGGUAGAUGUAAUAUUUGCUGAUGUUGCCCAGCCAGACCAAGCCAGAAUUGUGGCCAUCAAUGCACACAACUUCCUCAAGGACAAAGGUCACAUUGUCAUCUCCAUCAAGGCAAACUGUAUAGACUCCACAGCAGAGCCAGAGGCAGUGUUUGCUGACGAGGUGAAUAAACUGAAGGCGGAGAAGAUUAAACCUACAGAACAGCUGACACUGGAGCCGUACGAGAGGGACCACGCUGUCGUAGUGGGCAUGUACAGACCUCCUCCAAAGAAGUGAAGGGAUGACUGGUGUGAAAGGACUGUGUAAAUACUGGACAGAAUACUGGUGUAAGAAUGUAGUGUUUUUGGUGACAAGGACAUUAGUGUGUGAGAGGGAAAUCUGAGGGUGAUUGUGAUGAGAAUCAAGGAAUAUUGCUGGAACGUUCCUGUCUUACCUGUGAAAGGCUGAAGAAAGCACCAGAGCUACUGUGUUCAUGUCUUUUAGAGUACGAAUCUGAGCUCCAUCGGUAAUGCUGUGGAAUACAAGACUUAUUCAACGGUGGAAUACAAGACUUAUUCAACGGAGCUUUCCCAAAUAGACGGUUUCCACAUCUUGGCUGUCCUAGCCUUUGAGUACAACUGAGCUCCUUCAAGCCAUUGACGUGCAAAGUGUCGCUCAUGUUACUGUUGUUUACUUCUACGACGUAUCCUGUAACAGAGCUGUACACCGUUAAUGUUGCUAAUUUUCAGAGUUGAAAAAUUUACCAAUGAUGUGUCGCUCAUGUUAACAAAGAUCGUUAUUUUCCAUAGUUGAAAAAUUUACCUGUAUUGUACUGGGUAAUGAUGAUUACAUCAAUAUUUGAAAGUCAAAUAUACCCUGAAGCUCUUAUUAUCGCUGUUACUAUGUAAUCACAUAUUUUUUUUAACCCAGUAACAUAAUUAAGGGGGCAUUAACUUUUUUUUCUUCGAUCAGUUGGUCUGUAGUCUGUUCGUCAGGCCAUCUGUGUGACAUCUUGUUAAAACAUUGCAUUUAAGUUCAUUUUUAUAAAUAAAAAAAGGUGUGGGGGGGGGGGGGUACUUAUAUUUAACGGUUACUGGUUAUUCAUCGUGAAUUCAAUUUUGGUAUAUUGAAUGGAAGAGGAUUGGUAUGUAAUUUGCCAGUGAAAAGGUCACACUGCAUUUGGACAGAUUUGUGGUUGUUGAUACAACAAAAAGUAGCUGAGGUCAACAAGAUAUCUAAUAAGGAUAUUUGAUCAUGUAAAGCAUAUAAUGUUAUGUAAUGUAUACAUAUAUGUGCAUUUCCUCUGCUUCACCAUUUAAGAAGCUUCAAUCCAUAUAUAAUACUGAUAAUGUGUUGUACAUUUAGGCCAUACAUAUGGCUAUGGUCAUGUUCAUUGGUUGAUAAAUGCAGUUAAUCUGAAGACAAAUUGCGUGAACUUGUGUAGAAUAUUUCAGAUAUUGUUGAUCUAACUGUACAAUGUUCUUUAAAUAACUGAAUUAUGAUCAAAAUUAAGUCCAAAAUACUGCAUUGAUGCAUUUUCAUCUCAAGAUUUUGGACUGGUACCUAGAAGUUGUUACCCAUUACAUUUUGUGCUGUUGUAUGCCAAACAAUGACAACUGUUGAUCUACACUAAAGUUUUAAUUUUGAUUGAAUACACGUUCUACAAUAAUAAAUGAAUAUUGAUUGUAUACAGGUAUUUGUUUUCAUA